CCAUAAUUCUCCCAAGAGAUCUUUAUUUGUAUUAUUCCUCCUAAAUAUCUUCCACCAUCUCCCACACUACACACACUACAGACACAGAUGGGGCUAAACUCUGCCAUUUUCAUGGCUUCUGCAACAUCAAGCUCCACCUCUCUUCUCGGACCUCCAUUCACAACCUUCUCUCCAAACCUUCAACAAAUCAAUAAAAUCUGCAACCUGAGAAUAAACAGUGACCGUAGAUCAUCAAUUCGGAGAGAUAAAUGUCGUCGGCUGUGCUGCAGUCAGGUCCAGAUUGAAAAUGAAACCGAUGAGGAGGCGUGUGAGCUCGUGAGUGGCGUUGAGGUUUCAAUAGGUGAGGGAUCCGAUAGUGUUGCUGCUUAUCUGCUCACUGCUGUCAAGAACAACAAUGGAACUGGUAUUCUGCUGUUGUCUGAUAUUUUCGGAUUCGAAGACUCGUGUACUAGAGAUUUUGCUUACCGGAUCGCCUGCAAUGGUUAUAAUGUUCUACUACCCGAUCUAUUCAAUGGAGAUCCAUGGCGAAAAGGCCGCUCCAUGUCCCUGUUCGAGCCAUGGCUAGCCACUCACACCCAAACCGCAACAACAAACAUUACAGCAUCGAUAAAAUGGAUGGUAGAAUCAUUCGUAGCCGCAGGAAUCUCAAACAAGCUUGGGAUCGUUGGCUUUUGCUUUGGUGGCGGAAAAGUAAUCGAAGUUCUAGCCGAAGACAGUGAUGAUCGUUUUGGCGUUGGAGUAUCUUUCUACGGCACUGGAAUCCAACCAUCUGUUGCUGCUAAAAUCAAGGCACCCGUAUUGUACAUCACGGGUGAUGAGGACCCGUUAUGCUCUGUGAAGGUGUUGGAAGAUAUUGGAAGGGAUAAUGUGGGUGGAUCGAAAGUGGUGGUUUUUAACGGCAGAGGCCAUGCGUUUGUUCAUCGGCCAUCGUCGAGUGAAGAGGAUAAAGAUGCCGAAGAAGCUUUUACGAUCAUGAGAAACUGGUUGCAUAAUGGGUUGGUUGUAGAGAAGUAAAUAUUGCUUCUUUAUGUAUAUAUUUGUAAAGUAGUUUGUCUUCCUGGUCUCAUUUUGGUUUUCAACACUUUCUUCAAAGAAUUAUGUGAAAUGAAUGGAAAAGUUGUAUGUUUCGGUUAAGCAGGUCGAGUUUAUAUUGAGCCCGGUUCAAGUUUAUAACAAUUUGGUUCUA